UUGAGGAAAAUAUAUAAAGGGUAUGGAAUAGGGUUGGGAGGGAUCAAAACCCACAACACAACACGGCACUGAGUUAUUAGUAAUUGUGUUGUGUUGUGUUGAGCAGAGAGAAGGAUCAAGAAAGGAUAAGAAGAAAGAGGGAAUAGGGUUAGGGUUAGGGUUAGGGUUAGGUUGAGGAUGCCGAAGAACAAGGGAAAGGGAGGUAAGAACAGGAAGAGGGGAAAGAACGAGGCGGACGACGAGAAGCGAGAGCUGGUGUUCAAGGAGGACGGGCAGGAGUACGCGCAGGUGCUCCGGAUGCUGGGUAACGGGCGGUGCGAGGCGAUGUGCAUCGACGGGACGAAGAGGCUCUGCCACAUCCGCGGGAAGAUGCACAAGAAGGUGUGGAUCGCCGCCGGAGACAUCAUCCUGGUUGGACUCAGGGACUACCAGGACGACAAGGCUGACGUCAUCCUCAAGUACAUGCCCGACGAGGCCAGGCUCCUCAAGGCCUACGGCGAGCUCCCCGACACCACUCGCCUCAACGAGGGCAUCGGCGCCGGCUUGGACGAGGAGGACGACGCCACCGCCAACGACUACAUCGAGUUCGAGGAUGAGGAUAUUGAUAAAAUCUAAUCACCCUCGCAAUCGCAAUUAUCAUUCAUAUCUGUCUCUGUCUGUCUCUAGUAGUAUUUCGCUCUCUGCUUGUUUGCAACUCCCCGUGUUGGAUUUCAUUUUAUAAUUGUGCACUAUUAUUCAAUAACUCAGAUAUUUCCGAUUCUCGUCUCAUGCCAUGCCAUUUUGUGUCCUUAUGAUUGUGCUACUAUGCAUCCUGUUUAAUUAGAUAUUAGUCUAUUGUUAGUUCCAAGUAUAAUUGGGGGAAAAUUGAAGGGAUUCGUCUUCUUUUUUCUUUU